CCUUCUGCUGUCUUAGGCUGCCAUGCAAGGGUACACAGACUAGCCCUCCCAUCCCCUGCCUUGGUCAGCAUCCAUGCUGCAGGGUGGGAAACUAAGGCCUGAAGAGCCCCAUUCUGGCCACUGUGGAAGUGAGGGAGUAGAUCUCGUGGGGCUGUAAGUGCUUACGCCUGGACAGAUGAUCAUAUUCUAAAUUAGUUCAUGUGGAAACAUCUAUCCCUUGGAAAAAAUAAAGUUGUGUCCUUACCUCAUCCCAUGUUCAAAAAUAAAUUUCAAGUAAAGACGUAAGUAUAAAAACAGAAUUAUGUAAGUAUUAGAAGAAACCACGGAAUAGAUGACAAAAGCCACUUUCUGGCUGAGUGCCCUUGGAAAAAGUCACUCCACCCAUCUGUCCCGGCUUCCUCAUCUGUAAGGUGAGGAUGACUAUAAUACGGCCUGCCUUAAGGGCCUUGCGGAGAUUCAAUGAAUGAAUCUAUGGAGAGCACUAGAGAGUGUGCUGGGCACAUUGCAAGCAGUGUAUUUGGAGGACCCACUUCCUCAACUUGCAUUAGUUUUAACAAUCUGCUAGAUUAAAAGUGUUCUUGCUUUAUUUUGCAUUGCUGAUUAUCAGUGAAGUUGACCACCUGUUUUCUCUGAACUUCCUGUCCAUACCUAUUGCCUAUUUAAAGACUUUCUUCCUUUGAUUGAUUCAUAGGAGUUUGUAUAUUCUGGAUAUUAAUAUUGUGGUUUUUUUCUUUCUUACUAUCACUUUGUUGGUAUCUGCUCAUGGAAAUUGGUACACCUGCUGUAGACGGCAGUUUGACAAUAUCAAAACUUAAGUGAGUAGGGCCAAUAAUUUGAUUUCUCUGUAGCUACUUAGAGAAAUAUCCAUAAAUACAAAGAAGUUUACUUACAGAGACGUUUACAGAGUUGUGCAUUGGAGCAUGUAGUGUAAUUUAAAAAAAAAAAAGGAAGGGAGGGAGACAAGCUAAAUUCUCUCUGUUAGGGCAAUGAUUAAAUUCUGGGACGUGUCAUUUGGGGGAAGUGUAGCAGAGUGCAGUGUAGGCUAAUGUGGAAAGUGUGCUGAGUUGGGAUCACAGUGUGAUGUCUCUUAAAACGUGGCUAUAAAAACAUGACUGUACAUCCACAAGACAUAGAGGAAAAGAGUCAGGAUAUAUACAACACCGGUACACAUGGUAUCGCCUGGGCCACUGUGGCAAGAGUGGUUCAUCAAGUGCAUCUUGAGUUUUGUUUAUCUUCCAGUUUUUUAUAAGGAGUAAUUUCUUGGUAAGAGUUCAUACCAGUUAAUUUCAUGUGGAAGAAACUAGUUUUACUGGUGAGAGUUUGAGUCAGUGGCAGACAAUUGAGUCCAGAACUGACAUCUUGUCUUAUCUUACUUACCCUCACUCUAGGUAACUCCCCCUUUGCAUUCUCAAAGGCAAGAAAUCACCCUAGACAAAAACCCCUGGUACAUAAGGACCAAGUUUCUUUAAAAACCUCCAGGUUCCCUAAGUUUCAAAACUUGAAUGUAUUUACCAAGAAGCCAGCUGUGGGUGGAACCAUUCCCAGCCCUUUGGGGCCUUGGGCUGUCCUUGACCUGUAGUUCUUCCCUCCCUCUGGUUCAGGUCAUCUCUACUCAUGUAGCUCCAAUUCUGGAAUCUUAUUUACUACCUAUCAGAUUUCCUUUCAAAGGUCAAAGCAGAAUUCAAGGCACAGCUGGGUGAAGGGCAUGCUUGGCAUCUUAAAGAGAAUUAGGAAGUUUGACUUUGGUGGCUUGAGACAGAUUGCUUUGUGACUGGAUUAAUGGUUGACAUUCCGUACUUGGACCUGGAGCGGAUCUCAGUUCAGCUUCCAUGUGGAAAGGCAUGCUCCCUGCCAGGAGGGCGUUGGGUAGGGGACCUGCAUGUGUGGGACUUGGCUUUUCAAGAGGCAUGAGGUGCUGAUGACAGGCUGGACUUGGCCCCUGGUGGUGGUAUAAUUUAAAACACUGACUCUCAGAGUGGUGAGGGAGAAGAAACAGGAACUAUAAGGGAGAAGUGAGGGCCACCUGGGGAAAAAAACCAGCAAGAGUAGGGAGGGCAGUCUUGAAACUGGGAGUGGGAGGUCGCUUGAAGCCUGAUUUCCUCCUGUAGAUGCCAUGAGGAUUCCUGAUGCAGAGGUCAGCCUCUUAGGGCUGUCCUUCCGGAGAUAUCCUCUAGGAUUCUGGCCUCCUUUUGCUUAGGACAGGCUGGCUGGGUUUUUUAGGAUCUCAGGCAGCUAGACCUGCAGCAACAUGGAGGAUCACGCUUAACUCUUCUCUAGUGGCCCAAGCACCCCUGCAUCCGUUUAUUGGUUGGACCACUCCUGAGCAGGUGCAGGAGACUGGGUGUCUGAGAGUGCACCUGACUCAGCAGAAAGCAGUUCCUGCUGCCUUCAGCGGGCUAUACGCCCACACUGGUAUUUUGGUCAGUGUUACAGAACCACUGAGCUAUCUGGCCCAGGCAAAAGCCUCUGGCCUGCCCUGCCCCCAGGAGCUAGCUCUCUAUAAAAGGGCUGAGCCACUCAGCUCCUCUCACUGGGGGUGUGAAGAGCAGGGGGGACCAUGGAUGUCAUCAGCAUCCAGCAGUUGGUAAGAACAAGGGGCAGAGGGGAGGGAGGCCAGGCGAUUGUCUAGACUGCAGGCUAGCUCGGCAGAACGAGGAGGUCCAGCUAAAGGAGGGCAGGCAGCUUCUGUGGUCUAAGGAUCAGGUUUUAGGAGCAGAAAUAUGCGGUGGUUUUCUGGUGUGGCAGCCCAGUUCUGUGAGGUAGCGAGAGAGGGAAGCAAUGGGAAGAUGCUGAGUGAUGGCAGAUGUGACAGCCCUCAAGUUUAGUGAGUUUUCCUCUGGACUGUGAUGGUAAAAGAGAAAUUGGAAGUGGUAGGUUACUUUGGAAGACAUGAGUGUAGCUGGGGUGUGGGUUUAGUUCAGCUGCUAGGAUAACCAUCACUCUGGAAAUGGUCCAGAGGGUCUGGCUGCCUUGCUUGGGGUAGAGGAAGGGUGCUCUCGAGUUCCCAGGCAGUGAGAGAAGCGGUGACACCAGUGACACUUAGGGUUGUCUGUUUUGGUGAGGCAAGGCACGGGAGGCCCAGGACUCAGGUUGCCCAGUAAGCUCCUCUGCAGGCCAGUGCUUUGGCGGGCCCAGCCCAGUGCAGCCUCUGCUGGGAAGUGGGUUGCAGGGCUUGAGGAAAGUUAGGUUGCCAGCGUUUACUAGUUAGUUCUGCAUGCUGGGAGCCCUAGGCUCUGCCAUCUGUCAUCCCGUUUCCCCUCUCCCCCAGUAUCCUUAUUCCUCAGUGCUCCCCAGCUCUUGAACCCCCAGCGGGUGCGGGGGAUAAGAACAGAUCAUGAUAUGGUGGGUUCUGCCCCAGCAGAGUCCCAGUACUUAGUUUCCUCCUCAGCCUCGUGAGCUAAUUGCUAGUGUUACCCCCAUUCUAGUGAUGAAGAAACAGAACUUCACAAGAGCCAAGAUUUAAACCCAGGAGUUCACAAUUUUACCCAUGAGGCAUGUCCUCUGUCCUUCUGAGCACGGGGUUAGAUGGCAGUAUGGUGUGGUCUGGUAGGAAUGUAAGGACGAUGGCCCAGGAGGGAAGCUGAGGUGUCACCUACCCUGAGCAUACCUGGACACAAGCCCAGCAGUAUAAAUAGAUGUGGCGUCACGCCCCUGACCCUGUGUCCUGCUGACAGGACAGGGUAGGCGGCAGUUAUCCUGGGCCCCAGGCAACACUAUAGUAGGUGAGAGCCAACAUCCACGGGUGGCAGGGAGCAUGCCAGCAGAGCACCAGGAAACUGCGAAGGGUCAGACCACCCUGACGUCCACAACACUAAUCUCUGUAGGUCUGCUCUUCCCAGGAUCCCUGUACUGCACUGCUGUCUUCUAAGGACUCUUCAUUUUUCUGAGUGUUUAUCCUUAUCCUGCUCCUACAGGUAUGUGGAGAAAGAGUUGAAAGGAAAGCAUUGGGAUGUGGACAUGGCGUUGCUGAUUGUGGAGGCGGGCCCAGAGCCUGGAGGCUGGGAGCCCAAGAGGCCGUGGCCCGGGAGCAGUGGAAACUCGAAGAAGAGAAGAAGAAGAAAGUGAGCAGUGCUGGGGGCCCAGCAGGUGCCAACGCCAAGGCUUGAGAGAUUGAACAACUCCAGACUGAAUCUGGAGACUCUGGCUGACUUGGAAAACUUGGUUCAAAGACGGAGAAAACGACUGAAACGCAGAGUCCCCCCUAGGGCACCUGAGCCCACGGUUAAGCUGCAGCCCCAGGCCCAGCUGGAGUCUGUGGACCUGGAGAUGUUCCUGAAGGCAGCUGCUGAGAACCAGGAGACCCUGAUUGACAAGUACCUGACAGAUGGAGGGGACCCUAAUGCCCAUGACAAGCUGCACCGCACAGCCUUGCACUGGGCCUGUUUGAAGGGUCACAGCCAGCUCGUGAACAAGCUGUUGGAGGCAGGUGCCACUGUGGAUGCUCGCGACUUGCUGGACAGGACACCUGUGUUCUGGGCCUGCCGUGGAGGACACCUGGACAUCCUCAAACAGCUGCUUAACCAGGGAGCCCAGGUCAACGCCCGGGACAAGAUCUGGAGCACCCCCCUGCAUGUGGCCGUGCGCACGAAACACUGUGACUGCCUGGAGCAUCUCAUUGCAUGUGGAGCCCACAUUGACGCACAGGAUAAGGAAGGGGACACAGCUCUACACGAGGCUGUGCGGCAUGGCCACUACAAAGCCAUGAAGGUACUGCUGCUCUAUGGAGCCAAGCUGGGCGUGCAAAAUGUGGCCUCAGUGACCCCGGUGCAGCUAGCACGAGACUGGCAGCGGGGCAUCCGGGAAGCUCUGCAGGCCCAUGUUGGGCAUCCCCGCACCCGGUACUAGUGACAGCAGACCUGCAGGGUCACUUCACAGCCACCAUUCCAUCCCCUUUACCUCCCAUCCUUAUGUCUUGUCAUCUGCACCCCUCUGUGGGUCUCACCUCAGUCCUUAUUCCUCUGUCCUGGGACUGCUUCCUCAGGCCAGUCCUAACAGGACUGAGCAGCAGCACUGAGGCCAGCAGGUGAAUAAAGCAGGCCUCCCUGGCUGACUUGUUUCCUGCCAGGGCACCAGCUAGGAAGGGCUGACGCAGAGGACCACAGGGAAGCAGGGAACAAAGUGGGUCCAGAUGAGGAACAGUGUAGGGAGAGUGGGAAUCCAGGAUGGAGCGAAAAAUAAGUCCUAAACCUUGAGCUGCCCAGGGUUGGGUACUAGGUGUCCUUGGUGUCCCCUGAUCCUCAGUCUGGGAGACUGUGUCCCUCCCUCCGCGAGGGAGAGGGGGGCAGGGAUUCAGUACAUGGCUUGUGGCUGCCCUGGGGCAGGGGUUUCUCUGGGGAAUUCCAUUCCUAUCAGCAGCAACCCUGAUAGCAUGUGGAGUGGCUCUAGACAACUUUGGCCUUAGGGAUUCUGGAGGUGGGUCUGGCAGUCUGGAGGGGACGCUCAAUAGGUUUGAGGCCCCACUGCAGAAGUCCAGUACCAACCUGGUUGCCUCAGAAGCCCUAAGACUGAGGAGCUAGAGCUGAUGUUUAUUUUAGGGAAACUUUGUGCCUACUGCCUCAGGGCUUUGGUCAGCCUGCCUGCCGCUCUCUAGUUGACCAGCUGGUGGCGCCUCUGGUAAGGGUGAAGUGCCUGGGAGCUGGGGAUUGCUUGUGGCCCACCCAGCUUUUGGGGUGGUGGCCCGUAACCCUACUUACUUUGCCUCAGGCAACAUCGCCCUGGCACUAGAGCUUGAGCCUGAACCUUGCAGCUGCACCUGCUUUGCUUUCUCCCACCACUGAGGCGGGACAUCGAGGAGCUGGUGGCUCAGCCCUGGAGGGGAAGCAGAGGAGAGUGAGGAGCACACCUGCUGCUUUCCCUCCUCUGCUAAGUGGUGGCAGAUUUAGGACCCAGCUUCCCACGAGCUCUCCUGAAGGUCCCUUCCUUUCACUGCCUUUUCCGCUCCAUGGCGCACUGGCGCAGACCCGUACUGCUGGCAGGGCUGGGUCCUGAACUGGCAGAAAAUGAAUUUUAAGGAACUUUGCCCUAAAUGGAGAACUACAAGUUGAGGCCCCAGCUUUAAGAUGAAGGGUCAGCCUCCCUCACAUACAUAAGGUACCUGUAUUGACAUCCAUUUUGCAGUUCUUUCUAGUCUAACAUUGGUGGCCUUCUCGGGCCAAGCACAAGGCUAUUCUUAGGAUGUGAAAAAGCGACUAGAGCUCCCACCGGGGGCCACACACCUUCCCUUCUCACGGACAGCCCCUGCCCUGUGGUGAACUGUAAGGACAGUUCGCCCAGGUGCCAGAGCCAUAUGAGAAAUAGGUAUUCAAGUCCAUGGAGAAGACGACCCCCCAUCUAGAAAAUGGGGACCCUUACUUGACAGACAAAACACCAUUUUAUACGCAUCAAUAUUUUUUGUUCAUUAAAACUGGUUGACUAUCCA